CAUGGUGAAGUGGAUCGAGGACGGCGUACCCGAGGACCCCUUCCUGAACCCUGAACUCAUGAAGAACAACCCCUGGGUGGAGAAGGGAAAGUGUGUCCUGUUGUAGACUGAUUACCGACCCCUGACCCUGCCGUGACCUCUGACCCCAGCCUGAUGGGGCAUGGCAGGACAGCACCCCCCCCCCCCCCUGCUAGUUUCAGCCACGUUGAUGCAUCACAGAUUACCUUUAAUUCUAUGUUGAUAUGAUAUGAAGUGUAUUUAUGCAGCCAGUCACUCACUCACUCACUCACUCAGUCAGCCAGUCACUCACUCAGUCACUCACUCAGUCACUCACUCACUCACU